GCCAGCCGCUGCCUUGGCUACGGGGCUCCUCAGGUGGCGGCGUCUGUAGUGGGGCUACGGAGGCCGGGUUGCCGGGAAAGUAUUUAAGAAGCUCAUGGAGUAAUAUGAGUCAGAGUAAUAUAGGAUCUGCAGGAAGUCCCUCAAGAUAGUUGGAAAAGAAGAAUUUAUAGACUCUUCGUCAAGAUCUUCAUUUAUACAGCUGUUAAAUCCAAGGCUACAGUAGUGGUGAAACCAUGAAUAAAAAUACAUCUGCUGUAGUAUCAUCCGGUCUACUUGAAAAGGAUCCUGCCUUUCAGAUGAUUACAGUUACCAAGGAGACAGGCCUUGGUCUGAAGAUCCUAGGAGGAAUUAACCGGAAUGAAGGUCCCUUGGUAUAUAUUCAGGAAAUCAUGCCUGGAGGAGACUGUUAUAAGGAUGGACGUUUGAAGCCAGGAGAUCAACUUAUCUCAAUAAACAAGGAGUCUAUGAUUGGUGUAUCAUUUGAAGAAGCAAAAAGCAUAAUUACCAGAGCCAAGUUGAGGUCAGAAUCUGCUUGGGAGAUAGCAUUCAUAAGACAGAAAUCUCACAGCAGUCAUUUAGAAAAUCCAUCGUGUUCAUCCCUUUUACAAGCUACAGGAGAAUAUGGACCUCAAGCCUCAAAGUUUAGUCUUCUUUCUUCUUCCCCUGAAACACUAAUUCCAAAGACCUCAUCGACUCCCAAAUCUACAGAUGCCAUUUUAUCUUCUUUUAAGAUAAAUCAGAUAAAAACUGGAUACAAGAAAACAGAACAGAUUCCAAUCACUUCUUCAGACAACAGCCCUACAGAUAUGCCUAAUACAGAUAUUGCCCCUGCCUUGACUGAUAAUUAUGGACCACAAGGAAAGAAGAUUUCCCUAAAUCCCUCUGUUCGCCUUAAAGUAGAGAAACUGGAAAUGGCUCUAAAUUAUCUUGGUAUUCAGCCCACAAAAGAACAACACCAAGCCCUGAGACAGCAAGUGCAAGUAGACCCAAAGGGGACAGUGUCUUUUGGAGAUUUUGUCCAGGUUGCCAGAAACUUGUUUUCCUUGCAUUUGGGUGAAGCAAAUGUUGGUGCACAUGAAAUUUCCAACAUAUUAGACUCACAGCUUCUUCCCUGUGAUUCCUUAGAAGCAGAUGAAAUGGAAAGGCUUAAACAUGAAAGAAAUGAUGCCUUGGAAGAAGUGAAUACACUUAAGGAAAAAUUAUUUCAAUCGGAAACGCAAAGGAAACAACUGACAGAAGAACUCCAAAAUGUGAAACAAGAAGCCAAAGCUGUGGUCGAAGAAACAAGAGCCCUGCGAAGUCGGCUUCAUCUUGCCGAAGCUGCACAGAGACAGGCACACGGAAUGGAAAUGGAUUAUGAAGAAGUGGUCCGUCUGUUAGAGGCCGAGAUUACAGAGCUGAAGGCUCAGCUUGCUGAUUAUUCUGACCAAAAUAAAGAAAGUGUUCAGGAGUUAAGAAAGCGAAUCACAGUACUUGACUGCCAAUUGCGAAAAUCAGAAAUGGCUCGAAAAACUUUUGAGGCAUCCACUGAAAAGCUUCUUCAUUUUGUAGAGGCUAUUCAAGAAGUAUUUUGUGAUAAUUCUCUUCCUUUGUCAAAUUUAAGUGAAAGAAGAGCUAUGUUAGCUUCCCAGACGUCCCUCACACCACUGGGAAGGAGUGGACGUAACAUCCCAGCAACGCUGGCACUUGAAUCUAAGGAACUUGUUAAAUCUGUCCGAGCCAUACUUGAUAUGGAUUGUCUACCUUACGGGUGGGAGGAAGCUUACACAGCAGAUGGAAUCAAGUACUUCAUCAAUCACGUAACACAGACUACAUCCUGGAUGCAUCCCGUGAUGAGCGCACUGACCCUGUCCUGCUCAGAGGAGAACGAAGAGGAUUGCUCCAGAGAACUUCCUGACCAGAAGAAUUGAUGGUUUUCUGUGGGAAGCUGCGGUCCAUGGUCUUCUGGCAUCUCCGUCGACGUGGAGGGCUCUGACACGCGACAUCUAAAAUAGGAGUAAACCACACACUAUUUAGUGAAGUGAAAUGGAGAUUGGAUUUAAGCUAUUUUUGUAAAACUUUUUGAUAUAACUGUAUACAUUUACAAAAUUAAUUGCCACUACAGUAGUUCUUUAGGAAUAAUCUAGUCCUGUUUUUGAAAUCAUAUGUAAUUAGAUUUUAUAAUAUAUAUAAUUUUUCAUAUGUAAUUAUGUAAUUUUAUAGUUAGUUCUUUAUAGAAUACCAGACACAGUGGUUUUUAUAAUUAAGACACAUUGAAAAUUACAUGAACACAGUGAAACACUUCAUUUAUUUGGUAAUUCACUAACCUCUUAUAUGCGUACCUUAGGAAAGUGAUUUCAGCAAGCUUUUCCACAGGCCACUGGAUAUAUAGCUUACAUCUUUAUGAUGCUUUCUAAUUUACAAAAUGCUUUUCAGACCCUGUUUUGUGUAAACCAUACAACACGCCUGUGAGGCAACUCCACUGGGUAUUUUUCAGUUAGGGAAAGAGCAGUUCAGAGAAAUGAAGCACCUUGUCCUGGAGCUGAGGCUCACACCCUCACCUUCAGAUUCCAUGUCCAGGCCCCUUUGCCCCACACCCUGAUGUCCCUGCAGAGGCAGGUCGCAGCCCGACACACAGGGUCGCAUGUCUCUGUUGAUGCAGCUGAGCUCCACAGCUGUGUACCCCUGGGGCCACAGAGACUCAGGGGGCACUUGUUCAUUCAAACAUGGCCCCCACCCAACCUCAUGGUUCUCCUAUAAACCCUUCCCCCAAACACUCACCAAGCAGGGGCAUGGCUUUGUGAUGUUGAUUCAAUGGGCUUCUUUCAGCAGCUCACAUUUUUCUAAAGUAAAUGGACCGACUCCCUCUUGGGAUUUGCCCUGCUGGGUUGUCCUUGCCAGAGGGAGUGUUGAGGGGAGCUGAUGAAUAGAGGGGCAUCCGGAAUCUAUGUAUCAAAAGAGACAUCCUUGAACUCCUCUGCUGUGCAUUCCAGACUGACCUCAUUAUUGCUGAUAUCAGCCUCCAGACCGAUUAUGCUUCCGAUCUUAUUUCAUCUUACUGUAAGAAUGCUACUAGACAGUUUUUGGAAGGAAUGAGCCAUUGACUUGGAGUGCUAAAGAU